AUGGACGUGCUGACAUCACCAAGCAUGGGCCUGCACACUAUGCCGGAAGAAAUCCAGCACCCAUAUACUAAAUUUUCUGAAUGGAAGUUCAAGCUUUUUAAAGUGAGAUCAUUUGAAAAGGCACCUUCUGGAGACAACCAAGAGGCAAAUAAAGAGAAAGCAGAGAAGGUGGCCUCUUUGGACAAAGGCACUACAGUGCAGAUGGAUGCGGCAGUUCCAGUGGCAGAAAAGCCACUUCUGGCAGAUACAGACUUAAAUCACAAUAAGCAGGCUCUCAAAAAAGAUGCUGACAACCUGAAAAUGCAAGAGAAUGCAGCUCAUCAAGCAAACCUGCAGCAGCUCUGCCGCAUCUGUGGAGUUUCAUUUAAAACUGAUCGCUACAAGAGAAGUCAUCCUGUGCAUGGACCAGUGGACAGUGAAACUCAGGGACUUCUGAGAAAGAAAGAGAAAAGAGCAACAUCUUGGCCAGAUCUUAUUGCCAAGAUUUUUAAGAUUGACGUGCGAGGAGAUAUCGACACAAUACACCCCACUCGGUUUUGUCACAACUGCUGGAGCAUCAUCCACAGAAAGUUCAGCAACGCCCCAUGUGAAGUGUAUUUCCCGAGGAACAGCACCAUGGAUUGGAAGUCCCACUCCCCAAACUGCACUGUUUGUUAUACUGCUCGUCGUGGGGUUAAGAGAAAGAACCAGCCAUCCAAUUUACAGCUGGGCAAAAGGCUCAAGAUCAUUGCAGAACGUGCCAGAAAAACUAAAAGUGUAAAAAAACAAGUACAGGUGAACAACAAAAAUCUUAUGAAAAAGAUUGCCAACUGCAAGAAGAUACAUCUUAGCACCAAACUUCUUGCAGUUGACUACCCUGCAGAUUUCGUUAAGUCCAUCUCUUGCCAGGUCUGUGAGCAUAUUCUGGCAGACCCAGUGGAAACGACAUGUAGCCACUUAUUCUGCAGAACCUGCAUCCUUAAGUGCCUCAAAGUUAUGGGCAGCUAUUGUCCCUCCUGCCGAUACCCUUGCUUCCCUACUGACCUGGUGAGUCCAGUGAAAUCCUUCCUGAACAUCCUCAAUUCCCUGACUGUGCGAUGCCCAGUGAAAGAAUGUGAUGAGGAGGUUUUGCUGGGCAAAUACUGCCAUCAUCUGUCCAGCCACAAAGAGGUGAAAAGGAAAGAGAUUUACACGCACGUAAAUAAAGGCGGCCGACCGAGGCAACACUUACUCUCAUUGACCAGGAGAGCGCAAAAGCAUCGUCUGAGAGAACUCAAGCUUCAAGUCAAAGCUUUUGCUGAGAAAGAAGAAGGAGGUGAUAUAAAGGCUGUGUGCCUAACUUUGUUCCUGCUGGCUCUGAGAGCAAGAAAUGAACACAGACAAGCAGAUGAGUUGGAAGCUAUAAUGCAAGGGAAGGGAUCAGGGCUUCACCCAGCUGUUUGCCUGGCAAUCCGAGUCAACACCUUUCUCAGCUGUAGCCAGUACCAUAAAAUGUACAGAACUGUAAAAGCUAUAAGUGGGAGGCAGAUCUUCCAGCCAUUGCAUGCUCUCCGCACUGCUGAGAAGGCACUCUUGCCAGGUUAUCAUCCAUUUGAGUGGAAACCCCCUUUGAAAAAUGUGUCCACUAAUACAGAAGUGGGAAUUAUAGAUGGGCUGUCAGGGCUGCCACACUCAGUUGAUGACUACCCAGUAGACACAAUUGCCAAGAGGUUUCGAUAUGAUGCAGCCUUGGUUUCUGCCUUAAUGGACCUGGAGGAAGACAUUUUGGAAGGCAUGAAAGCACAAGACCUGGAUGACUAUUUGAAUGGCCCCUUCACUGUGGUGGUGAAGGAGUCUUGUGAUGGGAUGGGAGAUGUCAGUGAGAAGCAUGGAAGUGGACCACCUGUCCCUGAGAAGGCAGUUCGAUUUUCUUUCACCCUCAUGAACAUCAGUAUAGCUCAUGGUAAUGAAAAUAUAAGGAUCUUUGAAGAAGUCAAGCCCAAUUCAGAGCUGUGUUGCAAGCCCUUGUGCCUUAUGCUGGCUGAUGAAUCAGACCAUGAGACUCUGACAGCCAUCCUGAGCCCUCUCAUAGCAGAAAGAGAGACAAUGAAAAGCAGCGUUUUGCUUCUUGAAAUGGGAGGCAUCCUCAGAACAUUCAAAUUCAUCUUUAGGGGUACAGGUUAUGAUGAGAAACUUGUCCGUGAAGUGGAAGGCCUUGAAGCCUCAGGCUCUACUUACAUCUGCACUCUUUGUGAUGCAACUCGCCUGGAAGCAUCUCAGAACUUGGUCCUCCACUCCAUAACAAGAAGUCAUGCUGAAAACCUGGAGCGCUAUGAGGUAUGGAGGUCCAACCCAUAUAAUGAAUCUGUUGAUGAGUUACGUGACAGAGUGAAGGGUGUUUCUGCCAAACCUUUCAUUGAGACUGUUCCUUCCAUAGAUGCACUGCAUUGUGACAUUGGCAAUGCGGCUGAGUUCUACAAGAUAUUCCAGUUUGAGAUAGGUGAGGUGUACAAGAAACCUGACAUAUCUAAAGAAGAGAGGAAAAGGUGGCAGUCGACUCUUGACAAGCACCUUAGGAAGAAGAUGAACCUGAAGCCCAUAAUGAGGAUGAAUGGAAACUUUGCUAGAAAGCUUAUGACCAAAGAGACAGUGGAAGCAGUAUGUGAAUUAAUAAAGUGUGAGGAAAGGCAUGAAGCCCUAAGAGAACUGAUGGACCUUUACCUUAAGAUGAAACCAGUGUGGAGGUCUUCAUGCCCAGCCAAAGAGUGCCCAGAAUUGCUGUGUCAGUAUAGCUUCAACUCACAACGUUUUGCUGAGCUCCUGUCCACAAAGUUCAAGUACAGAUAUGAGGGCAAGAUUACGAAUUACUUUCACAAAACUCUUGCUCAUGUUCCUGAAAUCAUUGAAAGAGAUGGCUCCAUUGGCGCCUGGGCAAGUGAAGGGAAUGAGUCUGGGAACAAAUUAUUUAGGCGUUUCCGAAAAAUGAAUGCCAGGCAGUCAAAAUGCUAUGAAAUGGAGGAUGUCUUGAAGCACCACUGGCUGUAUACCUCUAAGUACCUGCAGAAGUUCAUGAAUGCCCAUAAUACAUUGAAAAGCCAGGGCUUCACAAUCGAUCCAGGGCAGAGUUUAGAAGACUCUCUGGCAUUGGAAGGCACUUUAGAAAUAACUGAUUCUAUGGAAUUCUAA